AUGUUGACUUUCACCAUAGACGUUGUAGGACCUAGGCAGAUGGGUGUGAGGGACGGUGCCAUCCUUCCAACAGAGAAGAGGUUUUCCUGUACUGAGUGCGGGAAGUGUUUCCGUUUAAGAUUUGAUCUUAAUAUCCAUCAGAGAUCUCACACAGUGGAAAAGCCGUAUUCCUGUCCUGAGUGCGGGAAAUGUUUUGCAUUAAAAGCAGCUUUUGUCAAACAUCAAAGGCUUCACACAGGAGAAAAACCAUACUCCUGCACUGAGUGUGGGAAAUGUUUUUCACAGAAGUACAAUCUUUACAGGCAUCAGACAUUGCACACAGCGGAAAAGCCGUAUGCCUGUGCUGAGUGCGGGAAAUGUUUUUCACAGAACUCCCGUCUUUACACACAUCAGAGAAUGCACGCGGGGCAAAAGCCGUAUUCCUGCCCUGAGUGCGGGAAAUGUUUUGCAAACAAGUCACAUUUUUACAAACAUCUGAGAUCUCACACCGGGGAGAAGCCAUUUUCAUGUCCUGAUUGCGGGAAAUGUUUUUCAGAUAGUUCACAUGUUUACAGACAUCAGAAAUCCCACACGGGUGAGAAGCCGUAUUCCUGUCCUGAGUGCGGGAAAUGUUUUUCACUGAAGUCACAUCUUUCCAGACAUCAGAGAUCUCACACCGGAGAGAAGCCGUAUUCCUGUCCUGAGUGCGGGAAAUGUUUUUCACUGAAGUCGCAUCUUUUCAGACAUCGGAGAUCUCACACCGGAGAGAAGCCGUAUUCCUGUCCUGAGUGUGGGAAAUGUUUUUCACAGAAGUCCAAUCUUUCCAGACAUCAGAGAUCUCACACAGGGUCGUAUUCCUCUUAUCCUGAGGAACCUCAGGCUGUGAGGGACGGUGCCGUCCUUCCAACAGAGAAGAGGUUUUCCUGUGCUGUGUGCGGAAAGCGUUUCUAUUUUAAAUCUGGGCUUAUUGUGCAUACAAGAACUCACACAGGUGAAAAGCCGUAUUCCUGUCCUGAGUGUGGGAAAUGUUUUUCAAACAAAUCCAGUUAUGAUACACAUGAGAGAUUGCACAGAGGGGAGAAGCCAAAUUCCUGUCCUGAGUGCGGGAAAUCUUUUUCCCGGAAGUCCAGUCUUUACACACAUCAGAAAUUGCACACGGGAGAGAAGCCAUUUUCAUGUUCUGAGUGCGGGAAAUGUUUUGCAUUAAAAGAAUCUUAUCAAAAACAUGAGAGAUCGCACACAAGUGAGAAGCCAUAUUCCUGUACUGAGUGUGGGAAAUGUUUUUCACAGAAGUCCAAUCUUUACAUACACCAAAGAUCUCACACGGGGAAAAAGCCAUUUUCCUGUCCUGAGUGCGGGAAAUGUUUUUCAGAUAAGUUUACUCUUUCUGCACAUGAGAGAUCUCACACAGGGGAAAAGCCAUAUUCCUGUCCUGAGUGCGGGAAAUGUUUUUCACAGAAGUCCAAUCUUUCCAGACAUCAGAGAUCGCACACAAGAGAGAAGCCAUUUUCAUACUCUGAGUGCGGGGAAGUUGUUUCAGAUAAGUUUAAUCUUUCUGCACAUGAGAGAUCUCACACGGGGGAAAAAAAAUAUUCCUGUCCUGAGUGCGGGAAAUGUUUUUCACAGAUGUUCACUCUUUACAUACACCAAAGAUCUCACACGGGGGAAAAGCCAUAUUCCUGUCUUGAGUGCGGGAAAUGUUUUUCACAGAAGUCCAAUCUUUCCAGACAUCAGAGAUUGCACAGGGGGGAAAAACCAUAUUCCUGUCCUGAGUGCGGGAAAUGUUUUUCACGGAAGUACGAUCUUUCUGCACAUCAGAGAUCUCACACAGGGGAGAAGCAUAUUCCUGUCCUGAGUGAGGGAAUUGUUCCUCACUGAAGUCCUGUCUUCCUGUACAUCAGCACAAAGUGGGUCCAGCAGCGAUCACUGCAGGUAAUCAUUGGCUGCGUAGAGAGACCAGAAUAGGUGUGGCUUCCAGUGAACUGUCAUUAUAGUGAUCAUGGCCGGCAGACACACCUACCUACUGAUAGCCGCAGGAGGAGCUGCCGCUACAAUUCACACAGGUCAUAAUCAGUGGUGUAAAUGUAGCUUAUGGGGGUUAGGGGGUACAUUUGAAAUCUGGGGGGCUACGGCCCACUCCAGCACCCCCCUACAUCUGACCAUGCAGCAUUUACUUACCUGGCUCCCAUGCAUUCCCUACUGCCGUUGUCAUUGCAAACAUAGCAGCCCCGACUUCCCUCCAGCCAUGCAUUUGCCUGACUAUGUUUGCAUGGCAUCCCCAACAUUCCUCCAGACGGGCCCCGAGCCACAUGCAAAACUCUUUGGGGGGCCACAUGAGGUCCAGGGGCCUGCUGGUUGGAGGGUGAUACCAUUUCGCUCACAUUAACCCUUUCACAGUUGCUGAGUUUUUUUUCACACACAUUAAAAUAUACAGUUAGUUUAAACCCCCGACCCGCCUCCACAUUCCAGUCAAAUAAUUUUGCUGACUAAUAGGAUUUCUACCUUGAUCAUUUCCUGAUUUUAUGAUUGCAAUCUUGUUAUAAGUAAAAUUAUAAUAAAAAUUUAUUGAAUGAAGAAGAAAAAAGUGUGUCGGUGCAAUGACGAAAAUCUACGAUAUUCAAACAUUGCCUUUACAGGGCAGCUGUUUAGCGCUAAUCAGGGGCGUUGUUGGGUCUACAAAAGA